AUGAAACCUGCGCACUCUUCGACACUGGUCGGCGCUCUUCGGAGCUUGUCGCUGGGCAAUGCGCCGGCCCUUCAGACUGCCCGAGCGACACCGACACGAGCACUCGACGCUGCACGACGCCUCCAGAAUGCCCGAGCCUUCUCGACAACCACCCCAGCCAUGGGCACCUGGCUCGAGCCCAAACUCAAUCGCAAGGACAAGAUGGCCAAGGGCCGACCCCGUGUGGCCACCGGCGGCUCGGCCAAGGGCACGACCGUGAUGUGGGGAGACUACGGACUGCGUAUGAUCGACCACCACCGACGCAUCAGCGCAAAGUCGCUCCAGACGGCGGAAAGCACCAUCAAGGCACGUCUGCGUGGUGAGAAGUACAGGCUGUACAAGCGGAAGAACUGCAACAUUGGCGUGUUCGUCAGUGGCAACGACAUGCGUAUGGGUAAGGGUAAGGGUUCUUUCGACCACUGGGCUGCGCGAAUUGCCGUCAGCCAAAUCGUGUUCGAGAUUCGAGGCAAGAUUCACGAGGCCAUUGUGCGAGACGCCUUCCGCCUGGCCGGCAACAAGCUACCGGGGCAGUGGGCGUUUGCGAAGAAGGGGGAUGCGCCCAUUGUCGGCAUCACACCGCUGGACAAUGGCCUCACAUUGGAGGAGUUGAAGGCUCCGAGGAGACACAUCGCCCCCCAGGAAAUGCUGGAGGCGUCGUCGCCGACUUCGAUCACGCAGCCGGGGAGCAAGACGGAGUCGCAACCAAAGCCAUGA